AGCUCACUGUUCAGACGGAGGUUCGCCGGAGAAAAUGGAAACGCUGGCGAGUGAAGUUCCGAGGGUCAAAUUAGGCUCGCAAGGCCUAGAAGUUUCUAGAAUCGGGCUGGGCUGUAGAGGCAUGUCUCCCAAUCAUGGCCCGCCCAAGCCCGAACCUGAAAUGAUCAAGCUCAUUCAACACGCCAUUGAUCGCGGCGUCACCUUCCUCGAUACCUCGGAUCAAUAUGGACCCCACAUCAAUGAACUUCUCAUCGGCAAGGCAAUCAAAGGAAUGAGAGAAAAAGUACAAAUAGCUUCCAAGUUUGGCAUAAGUUUGAAAGAAGGGAAAAUGGACAUUUGUGGUGAACCAGAGUAUGUAAGAGCUUGUUGUGAAGCUAGCUUGAAGCGACUAGAUAUCGACUGCAUCAAUCUUUAUUAUGUUCAUCGGAUUGAUAUCCGAGUGCCUAUUGAAAUCACGAUGGGAGAACUGAAGAAACUGGUUGAAGAGGGUAAAAUCAAAUACAUAGGUUUAUCUGAGGCUUGUGCAGCAACAAUCAGAAGGGCACACGCGGUGCAUCCAAUAACAGCUGUUCAGAUGGAGUGGUCUUUGUGGACCAGAGAUCUUGAGGAAGAAAUAGUUCCAACUUGCAGAGAAUUAGGAAUUGGAAUUGUUCCGUAUAGUCCUCUUGGACGUGGAUUCUUCUCAGCAGGUCCAGAGUUGAUUGAGAGCUUGGCCGAGGGAGACUUCCGCAAGAAUAUACCAAGGUUGAAACCUGAAAAUUUUGAGCACAACAAGCAAAUAUACGAGCAAGUCAAGGAAAUAGCAUCAAGAAAGGGAUGCACCACAGCACAACUUGCAUUGGCUUGGAUUCUUCACAAAGGAGAUGACAUAUGCCCCAUACCCGGUACCACCAAGAUUGACAACCUCAACGAAAAUAUCGAAGCCAUAUCUGUAAAGCUGACAACUGAUGAAAUGAUGCAGUUAGAGUCCUGUGCUGCUGAAGAUAUGGUUAAAGGCGAAAGGCACGCAUUCAUGUGGGCGACUUGGAUAAAUUCGGAGACUCCACCAUUGUCCUCCUGGAAAGAGGGUAAAAUCAAAUACAUAGGUUUAUCUGAGGCUUGUGCAGCAACAAUCAGAAGGGCACACGCGGUGCAUCCAAUAACAGCUGUUCAGAUGGAGUGGUCUUUGUGGACCAGAGAUCUUGAGGAAGAAAUAGUUCCAACUUGCAGAGAAUUAGGAAUUGGAAUUGUUCCGUAUAGUCCUCUUGGACGUGGAUUCUUCUCAGCAGGUCCAGAGUUGAUUGAGAGCUUGGCCGAGGGAGACUUCCGCAAGAAUAUACCAAGGUUGAAACCUGAAAAUUUUGAGCACAACAAGCAAAUAUACGAGCAAGUCAAGGAAAUAGCAUCAAGAAAGGGAUGCACCACAGCACAACUUGCAUUGGCUUGGAUUCUUCACAAAGGAGAUGACAUAUGCCCCAUACCCUGUACCACCAAGAUUGACAACCUCAACGAAAAUAUCGAAGCCAUAUCUGUAAAGCUGACAACGGAUGAAAUGAUGCAGUUAGAGUCCUGUGCUGCUGAAGAUAUGGUUAAAGGCGAAAGGCACGCAUUCAUGUGGGCGACUUGGAUAAAUUCGGAGACUCCACCAUUGUCCUCCUGGAUAGAUGAAUAAUGGAUACUUUCUCGUUUUGCUUUGGAAGAAGCCCCGUUAAAGCCCAAGUCUAAUUCGAAGUAAAGGCUGAACCCGGGCUAAUGGCAGUUCAGCAUUUCUUUCUAGCAGGUGCAAUAGAGACUA